AUGGGUCGGCACGAGGAAGAGGGCACUGAAGUAAGGAAGGAGAAGAAGGAAAAGAGCAAGCACAAACAUAAAGAUAAGGACAAGGAGAGAGAAAAAUCCAGCAAGUACAAAGAUAAGAACAAUUCUGACGGAACUGUAGCAAAGGCGGAGCCUGAGCAGAAUGGCGACACGUCAAAUGGACUUCCCUUACCACCACGAUCAGGAGAAAAGAGCAGGGAAAAGAGCGACAGGCAGCCCAGAGAAAAGAGCAGGGAGACAGAAUCAGAGGUGGACAAGGAAAGCAGGCGAGACAGGGAUAGCAGGAGAGAACGGGACGGGGACAAGGACAGGGAAAAGGACAGACACAGGCACAGGGACAGGGACAGAGAUCGGGAAGAAGGCAGCAAGAAGGGUGAGAAGGAAGGCAGGAGGGACAGGGACGACGAAAGGGAUAAGGAGGAGAGGCGAAGGCACGACAAGGAUAGGGACAGGGAUAGAAAGAAGGUUGACAGGAAGGAGGAUGGCCAUAGGAGCGAGCGCAGGGACAAGGAAGAGCACAGCAGAGGCGAAAAGGCUGCAGACGCUGACAAGGAUGACAGGGGCAAAGCUGCAGCGAAGCCCUCUGUUGCAGCUGAUCCUGAAGGGGAUUUCAUGGAGGAGGAUCUGCCUGGGCCACCAUCAGGACCAGUUCCAGUCCCAGAGGAGCCAGCAGCAGCGUCUUCUGUCCCAGAGGAGCCCUUCGUGCUGGACGUCAAGCCUCAGGUGCAGGAGUCCGGCGGAGAGAUCUCCAUGAGUAUUGAAGAGACCAACAGGGUGCGGGUCUCUCUGGGGCUGAAGCCGCUGGUGAUGGAGAGCGAAAGGGAGCAGCGGCAGAAGGAGGCGCUGGCCAGGGAGGCCAAGAGGGCCGAGGAGGAGAAGGAGGCCAAGGCUGCUGAGCUGGCUGAGCGCAUCAAAGCGCCAGUGGACUUCAGGCAGGCCAGACAGCCCAAGGACAGGCGCAGAGGGGCGCCACAGCUGCAGCAGGCGGCAUGCAGGGUCCCGCAGCCCCAGAGGCAGAAGCUGCAGGACCUUCGCAAGCGCCACAGCCAGGGAUCAGCCGCAGGCAGCUCAGCGCUCAGGGAGCCGAGCAGGACAUCGUCCAACGGUGGACUGGAGCCGAGUGCGGCGGCGGUUGAAGAGAUCACAGCCGCUGUUGAGGCCGCAGCCCAACCGGCACGGCAAAGACCAGCAAGGCAGAAGGCGCCGAAGAAGUCACAGCUUCAGAUGGAAGCGGCCAAGUCCAUUGUUAACAAGGGAGUGAGCAGCGGCCUGCCCGUGGUCAAACUCAAGCAGAUUGACGAGUUGCUCUGGACCUUCGACAAGUGCCACUACCUGCCGCAGUUGGGGGAGAGCACUCCCUCGAUUGGUGUCGCUCUCUGGGCCGUCACAAGCACGCUGCACCGCGACGGGGAGUUCCCAGCACGCAACUUGUCCCAGUUGGGUCGUGCUGCCAAGGCUCCUGUUGGUUUGGUGCGCGCUGUGCAGCCAGGCAGCGAUGGCACCCAGCUGCAUAUGGAGAUAUGGUUCCUCGAGGCGCGCGUGCAGACAGAUAGCCAGGGGGAGCCCGAGGCAGCGGUGGCAGGGGAAGGCGGUGGGGCACGCGCAGAUGUGGAGGGACGGGGUGCAGGAGAGGCAGCCACCGGUGGGGGCGUGCAGGAAGGGCAUGGGCGGGGUCGGGGCAGGAAGCGUGGCCGCCGCGGCACAGGCGGGGCGCGUGGCAGCAAUCGGCCCAGAAGGGGCAGCCGAGGCAGGCUCAGGCGCCCAACCGCCAGAGCCGCAGAGUUUUGGGGUCCCCCCACUGAGGGCGACGAAGACGAGGUUGGGAACCUCUUCUCUGAGUCAGAUGCGGAUGACCAGCCAGCGCAGCAGCACAGUGACCCAGCAGAGCCAGAAGGGCAGGCAGAGGGUGUCCUGCCUGAGGCCAGCGAAGUGCCGCCGCAGCCCACAGCUUGUGCGAGCCAGUCGCCGUUGCACGGCUGCUUGCUGGCAGAUGAGUCGCCGCAGCCUGUGCCAGUCCCCAACGUGCGGCUGAGCAUGCAGGGGCAUGCCGCAUCGCCGGCCAAAAUGGCUGUGCUGGUGAUCGACUACCGGCACAUUGCAGCGGCCCUCUGUCAUCCAAAACGGCUGAAGGUGGCUCUCGGAGGCGCUGCCGGGAGCUCGCCCAUGAACGUCGAAGAGGCUGCAACUGGUGUGGCGCUGGCAAUGUUGCUGGCUGAGGAGCAGAAUGCGGCGCGCGCCGGAGAAGGUGGGAGUGCUACGGCAGCGGAGCAGUCGCAGUCAGCCUUGGAGCAGUCACCGCUGUCUGGCGCCAUGGUCUUCUUUGAUCCUGCUCUGGAGCUCGCUGCCGAUGAGGAGCCAGCUUCCUCCUACCGCUCUGCAGAUGGCCCAGCAGGUCGACCGUCCCUGGAAGUUUCCUCCCCUGGGAUCAACAUGGAAGCUGCAAUGGGUGUCAUCGCAGGGCUGGCAUGUCAGCUGAACCCCUCGCCGCAAGCCAGAGGCCAUUCGAGCGCGCACAGUGACGUGCAGAUUCUGCCAGAUGACACAGUCUAUGUCCUAACAGAUGACAGGAGGAUAGUGGGGACGGCAGAGGUGGUGCAUAUUGGGCCUGGCACACGGUUCCACGGUGCUGAGCUUGAGGGGUUUGGUGUUAUUUGCGGGCUCACCAUCACAGACGCAACUGGGGCUGGACACCAGAAGGCAUGGUUGAGCGACACAGAUGAAGUCAGAGCAGGCAGAACACCCUUGGAAGCAAUUGGGGGCAAUCAGAUGGUGGCAGUUCCCGAGAGGUGCCUUCGCUUUCUGAGGCGCCCACCGGCGGCUGGAGAGUGACUUGCAAUGUGAUCUUUGCACUUUCAAGCUAAGUCAGUUUCAAGCUUAGUCAGAAUUGGCGUGUGAGCAUGACGCAAAUGUAGCAUCAAUUUUUUUUAUGUCCUAAAUUUGAUAUUGCAAUGAGGACUGUAGUAGGUUGUGACCAAGUCUGCCUCACUACAAGGCGUUGCACAUCCAUGCGCUCUACGCAACUAAUAUUAGUCACUCACUUGUCCCUCUCUGCACAUGUGCGCAACAAUCAUGACGGUAACCAGAUAUCAUGCAUGUAACAAUCUGUAAGGUAAUUCUGCUCCCGGUUGCCUCACAUGCUCAACCUUCGAAUCUGAAGUGGCCAGUGGGAUGGAGCACUUCUGCUUGAAGACAGAGCACUGCUGCUGACCGCCACAAGGUAGUGGCGGUGGAGGGCAAGAAAAUAAAUCCCCUGAGCCUAUCUUAUAAUAUUAUUAACCCCAUCUGUCAUUGAGCAGCCUGGCUCGUUCUUGCUGUUUCUCUACGAUGUCGGUGUCGAAAUCCACUCACAUAGAAUGUUGAACGUGGAAGAAUUGCUACAAGAUUCUUCUCAGCAUCAUCGCACUUCUUGGUCGCUGCAUAAAGACACACGGCAUGUCACAUCAGAUGGCGCAAAGGUGAUGCCCUUAUCUUGCCGGCACCCACGCUAUGGUACACGCACGCGAUGUGUAUCAAUCAAAUGUGCCACAAGCGACAGAAUUGGGGUGUCAAUUUGCUGCACAGCGUGGGUGCCCCUCCUUGAUGGGCACAUCUCUUUACAUCGAGC